AUGUUUGCAAGAUUCACAAGAGCCUCCAGAUUCGCAGCAAGGAGCUUUUCAUCGACUGCUCUAAAUGCCUACAAGGUCUCCGUUCUUGGAGCCGCCGGUGGAAUUGGACAGCCGUUAUCGCUAUUGAUGAAGAUGAACACCAAGGUGACCGACUUGGCACUUUACGACAUAAAGCUUGCCAAGGGUGUUGCCGCUGAUCUUUCGCACAUCCCAACAAACUCCACCGUGAAGGGAUUCACGCCAGAUGAAUCAGACGGUCUUGCCACGUGUUUAAAAGGUGCAGAUGUGGUUUUGAUCCCGGCGGGUGUUCCAAGAAAGCCAGGAAUGACGAGAGACGACUUGUUCAAGACUAACGCCUCUAUUGUGAGAGACUUGGCCAAGGCCUGUGCGGAAAACUGCCCUACGGCGGCAAUUUGUGUGAUUUGCAACCCCGUGAACUCGACAGUUCCAAUUGUGCGCGAGGUGUUCAAGUCCAAAGGCGUGUUCAAUCCAAAAAAGCUGUUUGGUGUGACCACUUUGGACACUUUGAGGGCCAACAGGUUCAUUUCGGAGACUGUCGGCUCCGAUCCAACCGAAGAGGAUGUGACAGUUGUCGGUGGCCACUCUGGUAUUACGAUUGUGCCCCUCAUCCCAAAAACACAGUACAAGGGAAAAAUCCCUAAGGAGAAGUACGAAGCCCUCGUGAACAGAAUUCAACACGGGGGUGACGAGGUCGUGAAGGCAAAGGCUGGUGCAGGAUCAGCCACUUUGUCCAUGGCCAGUGCCGGUGCCAGAUUUGCCAGUUCUGUCUUGAAUGGCUUGGCCGGCGAGCAGGACAUCUACGAAUCGACAUACAUCGAGAAUCCGGAGUUCAAGGACGAGGGAGUCGAGUUUUUCGCUUCGAGAGUCACCUUGGGACCCCAAGGUGUGAAGGAAAUCCAUGAGUUGGGAUUGUUGACGGAGGUGGAGGAAAAGAUGCUUGCCACUGCUAAGGAGACCUUGAAGAAGAACAUCAAGAAGGGCGUUGAUUUCGUCAAGGAGAAUCCAUAA